AUGGUAGCCGACUGGAAGGAGAUCUCGAUGUUUGGCGCGAUCCCGCGCCCCGACCUCGGCAAUAGGGCCGGUCGCCCUAUCCCAGUCUCGACCAAUCUCUUCGCCGUCAAGCUUCGCGGUAAAGCUAUCGAGACAAUCCAGCUGCUGUCGGUUGAGAUCACGCCCUUCGACGAUCCUGCUGCCCCUCCACAACGCCCUCACCGUGGACAAAGUGGUGAUGCUCUGCCCAUGCGCCUUCUUCGCGAAAUCUUUGAACAUGGAUUGCGUGUUGCCGCUCAAGACCAAAUCGAAGGCAUUACCCAAGACUUUGCCGACUUUAUUGCCUACGACGGUCGCGCUCUCGCAUACACGUGUAUCCCAAUUGUCGCCCAGACCAUCGAGUGGGAGGUGAACCUGCCUCCCAAGGCAGCUUUUUCUCCCAUCCCUAGCACCCCCGCUGCCACCGUCACUCCUCAUCCCACUGGUCGCGCCUCUGCUGAUCGCCGUUUCACGAUCAAAGUCACGAAAGCCGAUCGCGAGAUCAGCUUCAACGCCAUCGUCGACGCUUGUCGAGGCGAUAGACAGGCUCUCAUGCUGCAGACCGCCAACCCGACCGAAGAUAUUCAGUAUUGUCUGCAGGCUCUCGAUAUCGUUUGCCGCCAUAGUUUGCAUGGGCGCUUCAAGACCGGUACUACUCAGGCUGCCGCUCGCAAGUUCUUCGACGUCACGCGCCCCAUCCCCAUCUCGCAAGGCGCCGAGAUCUUACCCGGUUUCUUUCAGUCGGCUCGUCCUUGCGCAGCAGGGCUCGUUAUCAACCUCGACCCGGCCUACUCGCCUUUCAUCGCCAGCGGCCCUCUCAUCGAAGUAGCCGCCAAAGUUCUGAGCUUCGGAGGAGGCGGAGGUGGUGGCUUUGGUGGGCGUGGUGGUCGCGGCGGCGGUCGCGGUGGACGUGGGGGACGUGGCGGUCGCAGUGGCGUCGGCGGUGGUGCCUUUGGAGGCGGCGCGCUUCAUGGCGGCCCUGCCACCCUCCACUCGCUCUCUCAGCAGGACCAACGCGAGCUUCGCAAGCGCCUCGACGGCGUCGACAUCCGUGUCACCCAUCGACCGACCAAUAAGCUCGAGGCGUUCCGGGGCUUUAGCCCUCGCUCGGCGGCCGACACGGUGUUCGAGAUGAAGAAGGAGAGCGGUAGAUCUGUCAGCGUCGCUCAAUACUUCCUCGAGCGUUACAAUCUCCGACUCCAGCACCCGAACUUGCCUUGCGCCCUUAUGGGCCCGAAGAAGAGCGCUGUUCCGAUGGAGCUUUGCGUCGUCGUCCCCAGAGGCCCCAUCCGCGCCCUGGCCUUGACCCCUACGCAAGCACAGGAACAGAUUCGGCAUUCAGCCCUCGUUCCGCCCGACCGCAAGCAUCGCAUCGAUCAGAUCCGCCACGAGGUUGGCUACGACCACGACCCCAUGCUCCAGCGCUGGGGUAUCGACGUGAGCAGGGCCCCUCUCGACGCCGAGGCCCGCGUGAUCGCGCCUCCCGACGUCUCGUAUGCACCAGGAUCGCAGAAGCCUCGCGUCGACCGCGGCUCUUGGAACCUGGUGGGUGCCAGAUUCGUCAAGCCCGGACAGGACCUCGUCACUUGGGCGGUCCUCAACUUCUCCAACGCCGAUCAGCGCUCGGUCGAACGUUAUAUUACGGCUCAAGUGGGAUCGCUCAAGGCGCUCGGUAUCCGUGUCCUCAACGAGACGCCGCGCAUCGUGAACUUGCAGCCAACGCUCGACUCUAACAGAAUGGUACAAGCAAUGCAAGACGCUGGCAGGGCCGCCUUCGGCGACGCCAAGCAGAUCUUCGGUCCGAACCAGAAGCCGCCUGUGCCACAACUUUUCAUGGUCAUCCUGAGCCAGCAGGAUCAGGCCUUCUACAACCUUGUCAAGCGGGUCUCUUCUCUCCGCCUGACCUCGCCCGUCGCCACCCAGUGCAUCAAUACGCGCAAGGCCUUCAGCGAUCGAGGCCAACAUCAGUAUGUCGCAAACGUGUCCAUGAAGAUCAACGUCAAGAUCGGUGGUGUCAACCAUGUGGUUUCGAGCGAGCGAGAUCUUCCUCGAUUCGGCUCUCAGACGAUGCUCAUUGGCGCCGACGUCACCCACCCCGGUCCUGGUUCUGAGCAUCCUUCGAUCGCAGGUUCUGUCGCCACCGUCGAUGGUGGAGCUCGUCGCUACUCGUUCGAGCUUCGCACUCAGACCAAUCCACGUGGUGGUGCCGCUCAGGAGGUCAUGCUCCACUCGAAGGGCAUGAUGCUCGGCCAUCUCAGAAAGUGGAUGGAGGCCAACCAAGGCCGUCUGCCCGAUUCGAUUGUCUUCUUCCGCGACGGCGUUUCCGAAGGCCAAUACAACGCUGUCCUGAACAAUGAGCUGGCUGCCAUCAAAGCCGCCAGCCAAGAGAUCCGACCGGACGCCAAGAUUAAGGUGACGUUUAUUGUCUGCGGCAAAGGUCACCAUGUUCGCUUCUUCGCCAAGGACGCGCGCGACGGCGAUCGCAACGGCAACCUUCCCGCGGGCACUUGUGUCGAUUCCAAGAUUGUCUCGCCCUUUGGUUUCGACUUCUACCUGCAGUCGCAGGCUGGCCUCGUAGGCACCGCACGCCCGUGCCACUACGUGGUGCUUUGCAACGAAAUGCAGUUCUCCAGCGAGAACUUGAUCCGUUGCAUCAAUUCAUUGUGCUACACAUACUGCCGCGCGACGCGAGCCGUGUCCCUCGUCCCUCCCGCCUACUACGCCGAUAUUCUUUGCGAAAAGGCUCGUGCCUUUGUGUACGACUCGGCCGACGAUAGUGGUUCAGAGACGACCACAUCCUCUGGAGCUCGUGAGCGAGUAAUCAAGGAGAUCACCGAGGAGAAAUCGAGGGAGCUGAUGCAAACGUUCAGCAAGAGCAAGCUCUUUUCAGAGUCGCUGUGGUAUAUGUAG